UCUCCAUGAGGGGGGCCAGGGCCCGCGUGAGUCGGGGUGGCCCCAGCGCCACUUCCUGAGGCGGGUGAAUAAAUAAGAGAGAAAUGUAUGCCAUCUGCCGCUUAAAAAUAGCUGGUAGGAACUGCAUUUUAUUUCGCUUAACUUCUCUGGCCGGUCAGGCAAAGUGCAAUAAUCUUUAUAGGUCUUCAGUUGAAGCUUUGAAUGGACAUUGCCAGAUUCAAGUGAAUCAUAUAGUGAAUAAAUGCCAGCAGCUAGUUACAAGCAGCAACACCAGCUAUUAUUUUAUGACUGGAAGCUCUAACUUCUACAGAAAAUUUAUUAAUAAAAGCCAAAGAUGUUUUUUGAAUGCCAAGAAUAUAGAAGUGUGCACAAACAUACACAAUAGCUGUAGAAGUCCUUGUUUCCUGGCCUCUCAACCGUUAGUGGAAGACCUUGCAUUAUUCCGAAGUCUUGCUCCAGUGCAGUCCCCAAAUCGCAUUCCUGCAUGGGAUGUGCAGAUCAUCAGACUUUUUCACACAUCAUCAUCAUUUCAGGCUGCUCCAGUGCCUCUGUUGUGGAUUAUUCUUAAACCGGCUCAGAAGCUAUUUGCUAUCGUUCUUGGAAGGAGCAUCAGAAAAUGGUGGAAGGCGCUGCCUCCUAACAAACGGGAACUUUUUAAAGGAAGUGUAAGAAAAAACAAAUGGAAGAUAGUUGUGGGUCUGUGUAGCUUGGCAGUUUUAUUUAUUAUGUUUUAUUUUACUCACUUGGAGGAGACACCAAUCACUGGGCGUGCUCGACUGUUGGUAUUUGGGAAGGAACAUUUUAUGGCAUUGUCAGAGAUGGAGUAUGAUAUGUGGAUGGAACAGUUUAAAGAUAAGAUGUUAUCCGAGAUAGACCCUCGCUAUCAGGUAGUGAAAAAAGUUAUUGGUCAUCUAUCUGAAAGCAACCAGGACAUCCCGCAGGUGUCGGACUUCAAGUGGGUUAUCCAUGUAGUGGAAGAACCAGGCAUAAAUGCUUUUGUACUUCCAAAUGGACAAGUAUUUGUUUUCACUGGUUUGCUAAAUGCGGUGUCAGAUAUUCACCAGCUCUCUUUCAUUUUGGGCCAUGAAAUAGCUCAUGCUGUAUUGGGACAUGCAGCAGAGAAAGCCAGUCUGGUACAUUUCUUGGAUUUCCUGUCGCUUAUCUUGCUCACUAUGAUUUGGGCAGUCUGUCCUCGAGAUAGUCUGGCAGUUGUAGGCCAGUGGAUCCAGACCAAGUUGCAGGAGUUUAUGUUUGAUAGGCCAUAUAACAGGACACUGGAGGCUGAGGCUGACAAAGUUGGACUUCAGUUUGCUGCAAAGGCUUGCGUGGAUGUAAGAGCAAGCUCUGUGUUUUGGCAGCAGAUGGAAUUAGCAGAGACCAUUCAAGGGCAGCGUAAAUUACCAGAAUGGCUCUCCACACACCCUUCUCAUGAAAACAGAGCUGAACACUUGGACCGGCUUAUACCAGAGGCACUUAAAAUAAGAGAGAACUGCAAUUGCCCCUCUCUUCCUGGACCAGACCCUCGCCUCAUUUUCAAACUUAACACGCAGCAUCUUCUGGAAGCAUCUAAGAAUAAAGAAGGCCAGAAUGCUACUGAGCAUGAUCUUGCAAAGCCAAAGAUGGACUUUCCUUCUGUUUAAAAGGAGGAAAAGAUUCCAAUAACUUUUGCAGUUAAAAACGAACCAACGAGCUGAAGGGAAAAAUAUUCACCUGAAAAACUUUACGAACAGGCCACUGAACAGAUUUUUUUCUCUGCAAGACUUUUGAUCCUUUGGGGAUGAUAAAAUGGACAAAUCAUGUUUGUACCUCCAUGGUGCCAAAAAUCCAUUGAGAGAAACUUGUUUCUCUGUAUCACAAUGUAGGUCAAGCCACCAGUAUUCUGUAUUCCCAAACUUGUGGUGAUCUCCCACCCAGUGCAAUGAGGAACUCUCCCCACAUACAGAGAGCGGUGUAUUGGAGUUGAGACUUUUACUCAAGGAAAGAUGCUAAACAUAAAUCACUUCAGUUGGGGGGCAAAAAUCUCUGUACAGUCUAUUCACACGAAUAGAAAAGAAGCAAUAAAAUGGCCAGGGGGCUGUACAUACAUCCACCUAUUUGGAUGGUUUUCUGCUGGGAUUUUUCUUAUUAAAUAUCUUUUAAAGGCACUUUAGAAUAUGGGUGAUUUCAGCAUUUCACUUCAAAGUAAUCCAGAAAGGUUGUGCAGAAUUAUAUUUAAAAGUGAAGUCAGAAAACUUACAAGGGAAUCUUUUUCCUUUUAAAAAUCUGUAAGAAUUGUCAUUUGUAGCCCUGGGAUAUUUUGCAAGUGAUCUCUUUAAAUGGUGUCUCUUUAAUAGAUCAAGAUGCUUCUUCAACAGGCAGAUUCACUUCAGAGGCAGCUGGUCUGGACAGAUCAGCGCUUGAAUAUUAGUGAUUGGUGCUCUAUAAACACAUUAGGGUUUGACCACCUAUGAAACUUCUAAGUUGUACAGACAAUGCAUCCUACUUAGAAUGUUUAUUUCUCGUUAGGAAACGGCCAUCUAAUGCUAGUUUACAAGUCUGUCUCUCAAGUCUGUCCCUCUUACAGCGGAGAUGAUUACUUGGAGUUGCCAGGGGAGGAAUGGAUGAUGAGUAUAGUUCCCGAUGCAAAACCUUGGUUGGAGUUGAUCAGGUAAACAACCGAACAUGAAGGAGAUGCCUCCAAAAGAAAGCUGGGGAAGAUAUGUGAGACCAUGCCUCUGCUCCAUUGUACAGUGAGCUCAGAUUGAAUAGAGGGAUGUGACCUCUACCCCUCAUUGGCACACCUGCUUGGGCUCCCUAAUGCCAAAUGUGAUUGAGGAGCCCCUCAUCAGAGUUUAUAUAGGUGGAAGGCAGAAGAUUUCUCUGUUCCUUUAACUCAUGUACGUUUGAGGAGCCAAUCUUCCUUUAUUUCCUUGCCAGCCUGGGAGUUAAACUAUCAGGCUGUGCAGCCUCAUUUGAUGAGGUUGGGAAAAGGUCCAGAACCAGAUAGAGCCUUGUAAUAUGAAGCUAAGAAUCAUCCCCCACUCACACCCCUAAGAAGCUUCCUGCUACAGAUUUAUUUUAUUCUUUGUCCUCUCAUGAUGGACUGACCUUUCCUCCAUUUAGCUAGGCCUUCCAUGAAGCACAGCCAGCACAUCAUGUUUAUUUUCAGCUGGUUGAUAGACUCUUACUUUCCAAUUCAUGAAAAUAAAGUGUGCUAGUCUUACUGGACUAAAAGAAUGAUACAGUGAACAGAAAAGGAAGAUUUUACUGAUUGAAAUGCAUGAUCUAACUAUGUAUUGUUUUGGGAUCCAUUUUUUAUUAAAGUUUAAAAGAAAAUUA